AUGUCAUCUUCUGCUCAAUCAGAGAUUCCUAACGGCAUCCGGCAGCUAAAUGGUAGCCCGGAUGAAUCACCGGAUGCUCUAGUCCCCGCAUGCGCAGUCGCCUCCUCAUUGCCCCGGGCCCCUCCCACAGCAGGCGGUGCAGUGCCUGCAAUGCAGCUCAUUCCACCACCAACCUCAACAAAUAGCACUAAGGUGUUUCCAACGGCUGCAUAUCAAGAUGAAGAUGAGGACUGCCUCUUGAGGCUUCCCCCCGUCAGACCUGCGGGGGAACCGGACUACGCUGAGCUUUCUUUUGCAAUGAGGAAGGCGUGGGAAUCACCUUUGGUGCAGCAACAUCUGGAGCACAGCAUGCACAGAGACGAGCUUCUCCACGUAUGGAAUGAGAAGAAGUCGCAUAGCCCAGGAGGCAAUUAUUUUUUUUGGCGACACUCUCCAAGGGGGCACCACGCGUCUUCCUCUCAGGGCCACAGUGCACCCCCAUGGACCACCACCACUGCUAAAGAUGAGGGCUCAGCAAGUAUAAUAAAACCUUUUGGGAAAGAGAAAGAUCUCAGCAAGGCUACAAAUCCAAAGAACUUACCUGGUCAUUGGAGCCAAUCACUGGAGCAGUGCUUUCUGGAGUUUCAAGCGAUCGGGGCAGAAUUGCUGACGACUCAGGUUAUUUUACAGGAGAAAGCAGAUUCAUACCUAGUGGGUUCGGGGGACCCUUUAGUUGUACAGAGGGCUGGAGAAAUGCUCCUGCAUCACGUGAAAGACGCAGAGAGCAUCAGAGAUAGCUUACGGGCGAUAUACUUACGGUGGGAAGGAAAGGGUGACAAAUUGCUAUUUUGCAACAAUGAAAUGAUGAACGCCAUGUACUUCGUAAGCCUAAAGCGACUGGUCAAGGCCGCAGUGUAUGCCCAUCGAGAAAUGAGUGCCUUUGCAAAUUUUGCUAUUUGCUCGGCUUUGAAUGAAAAAAGAGAGGCAAAAUCAGCAUUAGCAGAAGGGGCGGAAAGCAGGGCGCACAGGGCCAAUGUCCUUAAUAAAGUGGCACAAGAGGAUCUCAUACCCUUCGAGGUGUAUCUGGUGUUUGCACCCCCUGUCGUACCCCUGCUACUUCGUGGGCGGUCGCUCUCAGGCCCCAGGAGACGGCCUCCCCCCAGCGAACGCUUCACGCAAGGCAUCACAUAUACAGCCGUAACGGCACCUGCCUCUCCAUGUCAGAGAGAGAGGGAAGUAGUCAUUGCAUACAUUGCUCUUCGCUCAGCUCAUACGCUAAAGGCUCCCACCGAACGUUUACCCUUUCGUCGUACGAACAGGUGUGCACACGUGCAAAGGUUGUAUUUAGAAACAUGCGUAUGCUAA